GCAGCGGAGCGGCAGUAAGAGGAAGAGAGAGCGGAGCGAGCUGUGGAGAUUACACAGAGUUUCAGUGCUGCACUCCCGGGCAGCAGAAAGACCAGAGGCCGCCUGUCAGUCACCCUUCAGCGGCUGACAAGAAAGAGAGAGAGCGGCCCGACCACGGAGGACUGUUUCUACCGAGCAGCUCAGCGGUAAAACCGCAAGGAACACACCGAGGCAGGAAGGAUUGGAGCCGGAGUGACCACUGCAUCGCCUCCCAGCCUUUCCUCUCGAAGAAAUCCGCUCCAGAGAAGGAAAGGACCGUUCAGAGACGCCGGCGUUCAACAAGAAGGGGAGGAAGGCGAGCAGAGGAGACGCUCUGAAUGCAGCUGAAGAGAUUGAAUCAAACUGAGGAAUAAUAACACUCUGCUGCGUGGAUUUCUCCUUUUUUUAGCCUCUCUGUUUUUAAAGGACGGACCUUUAUGGUUUAGUUUGACAGUAAUGUUUGACCUCCACAUCUGCCUGCUAGAUGGAAGACUUUGUAGUUUUUCUUCUUUUUGAACCUUUUGACCGCCAAGUUUUAGAAAAACUGUGACGAGGACUUUUGUUUUUCCUUUGAACUUGCACUUUUAUUUCAGUCAUUUUCAGUCCUGUCCUCUGUUAUCGCCCGCUUUCCUUUCAAGAUAACGUUUGAGUUCUCAUAAAAGGAAGCAGAGGAGUGACUCACUCAAGUUUCUCUAACAGGAACUUGAGAAGCAUUUGCAUUCCACUUUGGCUUCACAAGGGGACAAGUCCUCUGUUGUGUUUUUGUCGCUGAGUGGCCCUCUGAGAGACGUUAUCGUGUAUCAGUGGACUGCAAACGGACUGUCUUCUGGGAAAAAAUGGGGUCAGAAAAGGACUCAGAGUCGCCUCACUCCUCAGUGAGCGGCGUCCCAAACCCUAAGUGCCGGGCGGCGGGCAAACGCCAGGGCCGCAUCUCCUUUCACAGCCUGUUCCACAGCAAACGAGGCUCCAGGGGCACCAGGGGCCCUAAAGGAGGAGCAGCGCCCCCUUUGUCCCAUCACCACCACACACAACAACAGCUCCUCCCGUCUGCCUUGAGCUCAGCGCCCGCCGCCGCCUCUGCUACACCAACGACGACCACAACCACAGCCGCCACGACCCCCCAGGACGUUGCCUCCAGCACCCCAUCAAAGCCACUGUCCUCCAGCCAGCCGUCCCUGGGUGGAGCCCCCUCCUCUGGGGAGAAUAACCUCCUGGAGUGCCCCCUGUGCCUGGUGCGUCAGCCUGCCGAGCAGCUCCCCGAGCUUCUGGGCUGCAGCCACCGCUCCUGCCUCUGCUGCCUGCGACAGUACCUCCGCAUCGAGAUCACAGAGAGCCGAGUCCAGCUCAGCUGCCCCGAGUGCGCAGAGAGACUCGCCCCGCAACAGGUGGCUGACAUCUUGGAUGAUGCGGCCUUGUUGGAGAAAUAUGAGGAGUUCCUGCUGCGGAGGUGCCUCGCCUCUGAUCCAGACUGUCGAUGGUGUCCAGCACCAGACUGCGGAUUCGCCGUCAUCGCCUCAGGCUGUGCCAGCUGUCCCCGGCUGGUGUGUCGCAGAGACGGCUGUGGCGCCGAGUUCUGCUACCACUGCAAACAGGCCUGGCACCCCAACCAGACGUGCGACACUGCCCGCCAACAGAGGGCGCAAUCCCUGCACACGCACAGCAACCACUCGCCCAGCUACACGCAGGAGCAAGGACCCGCUGAUGAUAUCAAGCCGUGCCCUCGCUGUGGUGCUUACAUCAUCAAGAUGAAUGAUGGGAGCUGUAAUCACAUGACCUGUGCCGUGUGUGGCUGUGAGUUCUGCUGGCUCUGCAUGAAGGAGAUUUCUGACCUGCACUACCUCAGUCCUUCUGGCUGCACGUUCUGGGGAAAGAAGCCCUGGAGCAGGAAGAAGAAGAUUUUGUGGCAGCUGGGUACUCUGAUUGGAGCUCCGGUCGGCAUCACUCUGAUCGCAGGCAUCGCCGUCCCCGCCAUGGUCAUCGGUAUCCCUGUUUACGUCGGACGCAAGAUCCACGCCCACUAUGAGCUGAAGAAGUCGUCUCGUCACAGGAGGAACCUCGCCAUCACAGGGGGCGUGGCCCUGUCUAUCGUCACUGCCCCGGUCAUCGCAGCUGUCAGCGUGGGCAUUGGUGUUCCCAUCAUGCUUGCCUACGUGUACGGUGUGGUGCCCAUCUCUCUGUGUCGAGGAGGAGGAUGUGGUGUGAGCAGAGGGAAGGGACGAGGAGUGAGGAUUGACUUCGAUGAAGACGAUGGGCCAAUCACAGUGGCUGAUGCAUGGCGAGCCCUGAAGUCCCCCAGCCUGGGUGAGAGCAGUCUGGACGGAGCCGUCAGCGGGAUGAGCACCACCUCCCCCAGUGAGGGGCUUUCUGUGGCACCAGGGACUCUGGGUGACACUCCACACUUUAACACACUGGCAGGCGGUGCCUUGGGGACACGCAACGGCAAAUACAGCAGGUUGGAGGUGCAGGCGGGGGAGCUGGCUAAAGAGUCAGCUCAGAGGGAGACAGGCAGUCUGGGAGCAGGGAGUGACUGUGCCAGCACCCGAGGAAUGGCUGGAUCUAUAAUCUCCUCCUACACACUACCUGACAGGGACUGCACCAACCUGGAGAUCCAGGUGGACAUCGAGACCAAACCCAGCCAUCUCUGCCUGACCAGCGAAGAGGACCUAACCCCGCCUCCUGGCACUGCUGCCAUGGCGACCGUCUCAGGAGGGGAAGAGCCUCAGGACUGCAGCUCCAGAAGGGGCGGGGCUCUGUCUGGCUCAGCGUUGGGACUUUCUCCGGGUGCGUCGAUCAGGGAGGGGCUCCGAGACGUGACGCUGGCUCAGCCGGAGAGCAUCCGCAGCGACCUGGAGAUGUCGGACACUCAGUCGGACGACAUCGCCGAGCUGACGUCAGACGACUGUGACUCCCCACACCCAAAAAGCUGUCACGCUGCGGCCGGACAGCAGCCCCAGCCCCCUUCUUGCCGAGCCCUGAACCCCCCUGAAGGCCUUCACUGUCCCGCAGACAGCAAUGUCAUCCUCUACGUCUGAGAGAAACGCUACUCUCAGGAUUGCACAAAAACUAACAAACCCCCCAAACAGCCACAUUUAUCCUCGUUCUCUUCAUCUGCUUUUUUCUUCUGUCGUUUCUGGUUUGCUGCUUCUGCGACUCACACACAGACAUCGUCUUAAACCCAUACAGUUUGUUUACUUUUGUCCGUCUGUCUUAUCUUUCGACCUGUCAAUCUCACUGAGAACAUUGUCAGGGUUCUACCUCUGAGAUUUCUAACAUGAUGAUUUAUGUUUACUCCUCGGUGCAAAAUGCCUUGGCUACUUAAGCAAAAAAAAGAUAACAGAGGUACAAAUUUUUCCAUGAGAGAUAUUCAAAUUAAGAGACAAGGUGAAACGUCACCAAGCACAGCAGAAGGAGAAGUCUGCAGAGGAUGAAGGGGAUGUUUUUAACAAUGUGUGGAUGAAUGUGGACUUCACUAUUGUGUCUUUAUUUUCUUCCUCUUCUUCUAUUUAUAUUCAGAUGACCUUGAAUUGUUUUAUUUGCUGUGUGCAUGAGUCUGCAUGAGCUGUGUGAGAGGAUUAAAAAGGCAGCAAGGUUUUGUUACACUGGGGGAGAAAGUUAGUUUACUUGAGAGGAGGAAGCUGCACUUGAAUCUCAAGGUCUGGAAGGAUGCACACAGGGACAAAUUUAAAUAUAAUGAUGUAACAGAAAUAAGCCAAUGAGUAAUGUCAAUAGUGUCGAGAAGAAGAUUAGAAGGUACUGAAAGAAUCUGCUUUACAGUCUUUAAUGAUAGUUUAGGACCGUAUCAGGUUAUCCCAAUGAGAUAAUCAAGCUUAAAUUUAUCCUUUAUCCUAAAAAUCCACAUAAGCCAAGAAGGGUCACUCUGCUUAAUUUUGGGAAGUAUUUUACCCCUCCAUACUGGCAGCACAUCUCUGACUCUGCCCUCUGCUUAUUGUCAGAACUCUCUCCGAUUGGCUCUCACCUGCUUUUGGUCCCCUGAUGUGCUAACUGGUGAUCUGACCCACUUGAACGUCCCAGGUAUGCGUGUAUGAACGUAUGACUGGACUCUUUAUGAAUGUAUUUGUUUGUCCCACUUUGUUUUUGAAUGAGCACUCGUGCACUUUAUCUGAAUUAUCCUAUUUAUCUUUUUUGCCUUCAUUAUGUGUCGCUAUGAGUGAGUUUACUUCAGUUGCAUACUAAAGUCUGUGGUACAACCAAAAUAAAUCACCUCCUGAAGGCCUUUUAUGUUGGAUGUAACUCCAGGAGAGUUUGGCUCUAAAAUCUUGUAUAAUCAUUUUGAACUCUUUCUCAUGUACUCAGUAUUUUUAAGGUCAGUCGGUGUGUUUUUAUCAAUUUUAUGAUCCAAGGACUGUAAUUAUCCUGUUUUUUAAUCUCUAACUUUAUCAUUUUGUAUUUUACUAAUCAUCUCAUUAAAAAUAGGUUUUACUUUUGGAGCCAAACUCUUCAAACGUCAAUGCCGUUAAGCUCUUUUGAAUCAUACUCACCUGCCUGAAUUGUUUCUUAGCUUUGUAUCACCUCUGUGCUUCAGUUUGAAAAAAAAAACAAAAAAGGUUUCCCUCCAGGUUUUCCUUUAAUCUGAAAAGGAAUCGACCCAGGAGCCUUUUUCAUCUCAGAGUAGCUUUAUGGAUUUCGCUGCUUAUAGAACUUGGCAGUGCUUUGUUUGGUCUGCACCUCUCACUCGUCUUCACCCGCCUGCCUGUGAGAAAACACACGAAUGUACCACGGACGGAGCGUUAGUGCUAAAGGAGAUUUCCCAUGAAGCCCACAGGUGGCCCUGUCCUCAUCUGGAAAGGUUUUAGAGUAUAUAGAUAGCAAUAUUUAAGUGUUAUUAUACUGUUUGUGCAUCUCCUGACACUGUUAAAGCCCUGCGCUGUGUGGGGCUCUACAUGCAGGACUUUGAAAGGCGACUUGUGGACCUGUGGGGAAGAAUAAAUAAACACAAUCUGAUGUUGA